AUGACCGCUCUCACUAAGCAUAAUGUUGCUUAUGCCUCCUUAUUUGGAUGCAGAUCAGGACCAGACCCGAAAGGAUAUCCUCCGGCUGGUUAUCCUCCGGCUGGUUAUCCUCCACCACCGCAGGGAUACGGUCAGGCAUAUCCAGCACAAGGGUAUCCUCCUCCGCAAUAUCCUCAAGGUCCUCCGCCUCAGUAUCCUUAUCAGGGUCCUCCGCCACCACAGUAUGGUCAGGCUCCGCAAAAGAAGAAGAAAGACAAGGAUUCAGGAUUUGUUGAAGGAUGUUUGGCUAUGCUCUGCUGUUGCUGUCUCUUGGAAGCUUGUUUUUGA